AUGUUAACUUGCGCGCACCACACUCUGCCCUCGUUUGCAGGCUGCGGCCCUACUACUGGUGUUAGCGACAGCGACGUGCCGGUGUGUGCCGCCGUCGGACGGCGCCAACAUCCUGGCCAUCUUCGCCGAGAGAGCCGGAGCCACUGGAUCGUGUUCCGGGAGAUGCUGGUCGAGCUGGGCAGGAGGGGCCACCACCUCACCAUGCUGGCGCCCUUCGAGGAGCAGCACGAGAACUGGGAGCUCCUCAAAAUGGCGGACCCACAAAUGGAUCAUAGAAGAAUCAACUUUCUCGUCUUUGAGAAGAUUCCGACCAUACUGCAGCUGAUGUUUCUUUUCUACAUCAGCGUGGGCCACUGUCGCAAGAUUAUGGGGGACGCGGCAGUGCAGACUUUACUCCAGUCGCAAGACAGGAAGUUCGACCUCAUCAUAUUCGAGACCUUAGUUCAGGACUGCCUCCUCGGUUUCGCGCACAAAUUCAAGGUGCCGGUCGUCGCUGCGUCGCCCAUAGCCGGCGGCAGCUCCUGGAUAAACGACAUGAUCGGCAACCCUUACCCCCUGGCCUACGUGCCCGAAACCGCGGUGCCCUACACCGGAAACAUGAACCUGUUCCAGCGGGCGAACAACGUCCUCACCGCCUCCGUGUACAGAUUCUGCCGCCGCUUCUUUUACCUCCCGUCUAUGGACAAAAUAGCCCGAGAGCACUUCAAAGACCCCACCAUGCCUGCGUUGGCCGACCUGGAGCAUAACACGUCCCUCAUCUUAAGCAUUUCGCACUUCAGCUUCCAUCACGUGAAGCCUAUGCUGCCAAACAUGGUUGAAGUUGCGGGGAUGCACAUCAAACCUCCUAAGAAACUUCCGCAGGAUCUCCAAACGUUCAUGGAUGCUGCAAGGGAUGGUGUGAUAUACUUCAGUCUGGGUAGCAACGUAAGAAGCGUGGACCUUCCGGAGGACUACAGGAACAUUUUCUUCAGUGUAUUCUCCAAACUGAAAACGAAGGUCCUCUGGAAGUUUGAAGUGGACUCUUUCCCUAAUAUGCCAGCCAACGUUAAGAUUGGUAAAUGGUUUCCUCAGAGCGAUAUACUAGCUCAUAAAAACUUAAAGUUCUUCAUGACUCAUGGUGGCAUGAUGAGUUUGCAAGAAUCUCUUUAUAAUGGAGUUCCUUUACUUGGAUUUCCUAUAUUUGGAGACCAAACACGAAAUCUACUCAAAGGACAGGAGAACGGAUAUGCAAUUAUGCUCAAAUUUUCAAACUUGACAGAAGACUCGUUGGGAUGGGCAGUAAACGAAAUGCUCACAAAUCCAAGCUACAUGGAGAACGCUAAAAAGUACUCUAGACUGUUCCACGACCGGCCGGAGAAACAGUUGGACACGGCUGUCAAUGCUGUAGAGUACGUACUGCGGCACGGGAGGGGCGCGCCACAUGCGGUCGGCGGCGCUGGACGUGGCGUGGUACCAGCACCUGCUGCUAGAUGUCCUCCUCUUCCUGCUGGCGUGCGCGGCGGCGGCUGUAGCGAAGGCCAUCGCGAGGGUUAUUUCCAGGAGGAGUGGCUCAGCUCUCAGCAAAGAGAAAUGCUCUAA